AUGACUAUCAGCAGCCAUAAUUAUGGUCCAUAUCCAGUACUGGGAUUCAGGUUUCGACCCACUGAUGAAGAGCUUAUUCGCUAUCUACUCAAAUUCGUUUCGUGCAAGAGUUUCUCGUUUGAUCAUAUUCGAGUUGAGAAUCUUUACGGAAAAAAGAAGCCAUCGGAUAUAUUCGAAAACAAUUUUCUGGGAGAUGAUACAAAGGUAAACUAUUUCUUUACUAAGUUGAAGAGAACAAAAACGGGUGGUUCAAGGUUCAGUCGAGGGCUGAUCGGAGGAGGCUGUUGGAAAGGACUUGACAAACACAAACCAGUUUUUAAAGGGUCAAAGUUGGUUGGGUUCAAGAAAAGUUUUCGAUAUCUUGAAAAAGACAGCCGCACGGAGAAAAGUGUCGAUCAAGAAAUUAAAAAUAUUGUUUGGAAUAUGAAAGAGUAUAGUCUUAAUGACAGCAUACUAAAGGUGUUAAGACAACGAAAUAUAAUUCAGCAUGAGGACUAUGUUUUGUGCUGCAUUAAGCGUAAAUCUGUACAUGCUAAUGAUCAUAAGGAAUUAGGAGAUCAUAUGGAAAUAGCGGACAGUGGAAACAACGUUGUUGAUGUUAUGAAUACCAUGCUUUCGACAACUCAAGAACAUGAGCUUGACUAUGUUACAAGUUCUUCAGAGGAUCAAGGGAUAGGCUUUCACGAUUUGUGUCCUUCCAAUCAAUUCGCAUCAUCCGAACAUAAUAAUGCGUUUGAUCAGUUACAAUUAGUGGAUGUACAAGCGCAGAAUAUUGAAGAGAUCGCACCUUCAGUUCAAAGUCAUGUUGAAUAUGUUGGAAGUUCUUCGACAACUUCAAAUCAAUUCACGUACUACUUGUGA